UUGAAGUUUUUCAGCACUUUCCGUCUUUUAUUUCGUUUUCUAGGAGUUCUACUAUUAAUAAAUUACAGCUUAUGGCGUGUUAAAAGACGACAGCGUGAAGUUUCGAAGGAAAAUGACUUUUAUGGGAAACUUUUGGCUGAAGCUUUACCGUUUGUUUAUGAAGGGUCAAAGAUAUACCCUUGCGCGAAUGGACUCCUUGCUGACCAGGAAGCUGCUGCUGGUAAUGUUGAUGUUAGGGAUCUGUACAUUUUUGCCCUUUUCUUUGUAGAAACCGGUGUUUUUUUGACAGGCGCAGCUGUUUGCUGUGUAGCUGAGUUCAGUUUUUCUACAGUUAUAGUAUUUCCAGAUUACACAACGGAGUUACAGUUGCCUAACCUCGCGAUUUGCGCACCAAAUGCGCUGUCUGCUGUUGCUCCAAUGCGAAAGAGUUUAAGAAACGUUGGUUCUUGGAAACAGCAGAAUGGUUGGAGGGCGAAUGGGAUGAGUAACCCAAAAAAACUUUCUCAAGGGGAUUCAAACAUUAUAAGUUCCCGAAGAGAUCGUCUGUCCAUUCAUACAGCACAUGAUGAGGACGAUUCUGCUAGCAACUCUUCUAUUCCUCAGACGAGUCGUUUAACCCGUUGGCGUUUUGUGUGGGACUUUUUAUCUGGAAUUUACUUGUUUUUUGUGAAAGGUAACAGCGGAGAGUCGAGUUCACAACUAGAUGAUCGUUUGUCAUUAUCGUCGAACGAAGUGGAGAGCGAAGAAGAAAUGGGUGAUCAGGACGAUAACUCUCAGAUCGAUGAUGGUUUCAAUCGUUUUACAUCCAACCGGGCUAAUACGUCUAAACGAACAAAGGCUAAUGGUGUUCGUUCUAAAGGAGGACGUUCGAGAGGAGGAAAGUCACAGAAUCACACUGAUUUGUGUUUACCAGCCGGAGGCUCUAACAUCACUUCACCUAGUUGUAAUGUAAAUAAUGUAUUGACACCUAACUGUAAUUCUCAAGAAAGGCACAUUUGUCCAGUGUCUACGAGUACGAACGCUCUUUACUCGAGUACAAGUAAUGGUGUUUGUACCACAGGUUCCACUGCUACGUUGAACGAUAGUGCUUUAUACACUGAACUGGAAUCUUUGCGCGAAGAAAUAAAAACGGUUCGAAGUGAAGAAUCAGGACUAAGGUUAUCCAACAGUAUAAAAGCGCGGGAGCAAGAUAAGGCUUCAGUGCAGCUGAUGGAAAAACGGUUAAUUGAGGCACAAACAAAGGCAAGAGAUUUGGAGAAGGACUUGUCUAACGAAAGGAAGCUGAAAGAGCAGCAUGCUCGAGCGAGUUUGCACAAUGCUAAGUUAGUUCCUUCUUUUAUUUUCCUUUAUUAA